CCCGCUAGCCUGCCAUGGAUUUCUGCCCUGCUCUCCUGCUGCCUCUCUCUCUUUGGCUUUGGGGACUUGCCUCUUGUGAACGGGUCAGCGUCUGCUCCUCAUCGCCAUGUAAGAACGGAGGGACCUGCAAGGACCUGGAAGAUGGGUAUAGGUGCCUCUGUCCACAGCGUCCCUUAGUGUAUGUGGGGAAAGACUGUGAGUUCCUAUAUGAUGCAUGUUCUGGACACCCCUGUCCACCUCAGUGGAGUUGCAGUGGGGUCCCUGGACACCUGAAUUACACCUGCCACUGUAGGCCGCGCUUGCUAGGCCUUUCUUGCGACAUCAGCGGUGGUGAGUGCGAGAGAAGCCCUUGUCCGCAGCCUGAUUUUGAGUGUGUGGAGCUUCUGGACGGGUACAGCUGCCAAUGCCAGAGCCGAGAGAGCUGUCAGACUGGGCCUUCCAUUUGCUCCAGCCAGCCCUGCCACAACAAUGGUACCUGCACUGAGGACGCUGGGGCGUACGCCUGCCAAUGCCAACCUGGCCACGAGGGCGUCCACUGCGAGGAGGAUGUGGACGAGUGUGCCUCCAGCCCCUGCCAGAAUGGUGCCAUCUGCCUGGACAGGGUCAACGAGUACAGCUGCUUCUGUGUGCCGGGCUUCCAGGGCUACCACUGCGAGAUCGACAUCAACGAAUGUGCCUCCCGGCCAUGCCAGCACAACAGCACCUGCGUCAACCAGAUGGACCACUACGUUUGCCAGUGCCUGCCUGGCUACACAGGUGUGAACUGUGAUGUGGAGAUUGAUGAAUGUGAAUCGGGCCCUUGCUGGCAUGGUGGCACCUGCAGCGACCACAUUGGGUUCUUCUCCUGUUCCUGCAUGCCAGGAUAUGAGGGCGCCCAGUGUGAGGUCGACAUUAAUGAAUGCCAGAGUCAGCCGUGUCUCAACGGAGGCACCUGCCGUGACCUUGUCAACAGCUACCAGUGUGAUUGUCACGGCACCGGCUUUGAAGGGCAGACUUGUGAGCUGGAUAUCUUGGAAUGUGCCUCCCAGCCUUGCCAGAAUGGUGCUACCUGCUUGGAAGGAGUUGGGCUCUACAGCUGUACUUGCUGGCCAGGAUACACGGGGGCGCACUGUGAAGGAGACGUGGAUGAGUGUGCCACAGAGCCGUGUCUCAAUGGCGGCCAGUGCUUGGAACGGUCUGAUCAAAGCUACUACGGAGAACAGGUGGACUUUCCAAUGCAGUUCAGCUUCCAAGAGGCCGCCGGAUUCAUCUGCAGGUGUCAGCCUGGCUUUGAGGGAGAGACCUGCUCCGUUGACAUUGAUGAAUGCAAAUCGCAGCCGUGCCAGAAUGGAGGAAGCUGCGUAGACCUGGUGAACGGCUAUCGAUGUGACUGCCUGGCAGGGUACUCAGGUGUUGAAUGUGCCACUGAUAUAGAUGAGUGUGAAGGCCACCCCUGUGAAAAUGGGGGCGCCUGUGAAGAUGGCGUCGCUGACUACACCUGCCAUUGCGUCCGUGGUCUGGAUGGUAUUACCUGGGGUGGGAAGAACUGCUCUGUGGAGCUCACUGGGUGCCAGGCACACCACUGCCAAAAUGAAGCCUUCUGCAUCCCCACUUACCAGUCUGAGGCCCACGGAUACCUGUGCCAGUGCCGCCCCGGAUUCGACGGCUCUCUGUGCUCGAUGCCAACCACCUUCUCCUUCACGUCUAGCGUCUACCUCUUCAUCAACAAGUCUGCCACCAACAAUGAGAGCACAAGUGAUGCACCAGGGGAUCACUUAGCCAGUGUGGCCCUCCGGUUCCGAACCACCCUCCCGGACGCCCUCCUUUUCUUCCGAGGCCACCAAGCUGAACACCUGCUCCUGGAGCUCUCUGGCGGCCUUCUGCGUGUGACGCUUCUGAUAGAGGAGGCCAUGGCCUCUCUCACCCUGGAGGCACCACAGGUGGGCGAUGGGCAUUGGCACAAGGCUGAAGUCCUUCUUCUGCAAGAAGCUCUCGAACUCAGGCUGUGGCAUGAAGCCUGCAACGCAGGGGUCUGCUUGUCCAGUCAUCCCCUCGGAGAGCAAGCCCCCAUGUUCUUCCUGCCCUCCUUACUGCAAAUAUAUAUCGGAGGAGUCGAAGAGGAGUUAAUGGCCAACCCUACGAGGAGUUUCCUUGGUUGCUUGGAAGACUUGCAGAUUGAUUCCAAGGUUGUCCUACCACAAGAGCUGGCCGGACUGCAAGCCACUGGAUUCCAGCUGGGCUGUGAGAGGACAGAGUGGUGUCGCUCCCAACCUUGCUUACAUGGUGGCCAGUGCAUUGACCUCUGGGCAGACUUCCGCUGCCACUGUUCUCGGCCUUAUGAAGGCCGCACGUGCGCCUAUGAGUCUCCUGCAGGAACGUUCUCCCAGGACAACAACUCAAGCUUUGCCACCUUUGCAGUUAGCAACAGUCCUGGGGCAAACUUUACCCUCUCCUUUUUCCUCCGGACUCUGAAGCCCAGCGGCCUGGUGCUCCAAAUCAGCAAUGGAAGUGAAACGUUCCUUUCAGUAUACCUGAAAGAUGGGCAACUUCAGGUAGAGGCACCACCUGCUGCUCCACUCGGGCCCUCUGGGCACUUGGCUGAUGGCACGAAGCACUUUGUGAUGGUUUCUUUCCACGAAGGUCUUGCUCGAGCCAGUCUGUUCAGCAGAGAGGAGGAUCUGGGACCUCUGGUGCUGACUCCUCUUGCCUCCGGCUCCACGGUUUAUGUGGGCGGGCUCCCAAGCCAAGACAACAUUGGCACCUGGGGAGGGUAUUUUAAAGGCUGCCUCCAGGAUGUCCGACUCAAUCACCACCAGAUGCAGUUCUUCCCUCAUCCAGUCAAUGACAACCAUGUUCCACAAGAGGUAUACGUGGGACGAGCCACCAACGUUGGUUCAGGAUGCAUCUCGGAUGAUACCUGCAAGUCUGGGCCGUGCCUCAAUGGCGGCCACUGCACCGUCACCUGGAAUGACUUCAGCUGCAGCUGCCCUGCCAACUUCACUGGAAAACACUGUGAAGAGAUGGUCUGGUGCAAAAACGAGCCGUGUCCUCAAGGCACAACUUGCACUGAUGUCCCGUCUGGCUAUGUCUGUCUGGCCAGUGCCACAUUUUAUGAGCACAAUGCAGCUGAAUUCGUCACCAAUGCAAGCGUCACCAGGGCCCUCCAGGGCCUCCGCCUGGAUUUCAGAACACGCGACAAAGAUGCAGUGUUGCUGAGGGCUGUGGAGGAGGUGGAUUCUCUCCUGGUGGCUGUCCAGAACUCCUCCCUGCUGGUGGAGAUCAGGAGCGGGAAUGGCAUCGAAGGGGCCAACUUUCUCAGCCAGGUGCCCGUCUCGGAUGGCUUGUGGCACACACUCACGUUGUCCAUGGAAGAGCCCUCGGCUCUUUCAUCCAAGUGGCACCUCCGUUUAGAUGGAUCCACAAACUCAACCCUCCAGGGGAAUGCUGGGAGCCUGGACUUCCUCAAAAGCAACGCAGUUGUGGUCUUAGCUGAAAACUUCACGGGCUGCCUUGGGCACACAGACAUUGGCGGUGUGUUUCUGCCGCUGGCCGUCCACACCGCCUACCCACAGCCCGAGCAGUUUUUCCUCAUGAGCGGUGGGGCAGCGCUCCUUGGCUGCAAGGGGACAGAUGUCUGCUCCUCCAGCCCAUGCCAACACGCGGGCUCUUGCCAGGACCUGUUCAACGCCUUCCGCUGCGCCUGCAGUCCCGGGUGGGGGGGCCUGCUGUGCGAGGCCAACACCGACGACUGCAAAUCCAGCCCCUGCAUCCACGGGCGGUGCGUGGACGAGGUGGGGGAUUUCCAGUGCGACUGCGACAAGGGCUACAUCGGCAAGCGCUGCCAGAUCAACGUGGACGAUUGCAUCCGACACCAGUGCCAGAACGGAGGGAGCUGCGUGGACGAGGUCUACAGCUACUCCUGCAAGUGUCCCCCAGAAUUCACAGGCCCCCACUGCGAGUGGCCCUUCCCACCUGAAGAGUGUGGCAAGAACUUCACCUGUCUGAACGGCGGCAGAUGCACGAGCGGACCUUGGGGAGCCAACUGCACUUGCAAGCCGGGCUACGCAGGCAGGAAAUGCCAAAUCAACAUCAAUGAAUGCGACCCCAACCCUUGCCAGAAUGGGGGCACCUGCCAGGAUUCAGUAAACCGGUACCGGUGUGUGUGCAGCGCCAGCUACACCGGAGAGCGUUGUGACGUGGACAGGGGGACUCCUUCGGGCGCGCUCUUCCCGUUCCCAUUAAUUGAAGUAGCCGUGCCGGUAGCCUGCGGUUGCUUGCUGCUACUCAUUAUUAUCCUCGUUCUUAUGAUUCUCACGGCCCGGAAGAGGCGCCAGUCAGAGGGGACCUACAGCCCAAGUCAGCAGGAGGUGGCAGGAGCCCGCCUGGAGAUGGACAGUGUGCUAAAGGUGCCGCCGGAGGAGCGUUUAAUCUAGGCACUGCCCCAGCGAGGCAAAGCGGUGCCUUUGCAAA